GCAUUGGUAUGGCUCAUAGCGCCAUCUUUAGAAAACCGUGGUGUUGAAGGACUUGAAUUACACUCGUGUGUUUCAUUUUACGUUUUAGAUAUUUGAAUGUUUGGACUUUAGUAAUCGCUUGUUGUUAAAAAGUGAGAUGGGGGUGAAGGCGCAGCGACCUCGCUGCUUCUUUGACAUCAGCAUCAGUAACGUGCCAGUGGGAAGAGUGGUUAUUGAGUUAUUCUCUGACGUGUGCCCGAAGACUUGUGAGAACUUCCGUUGUCUGUGCACAGGUGAGAAGGGCCUGGGAAAGGGCACCCAGAAGCCGUUGCACUACAAAGGAAGUUUGUUUCAUAGAGUAGUGAAAGACUUUAUGAUCCAAGGAGGGGAUUUUAGCGAAGGUAAUGGCCGAGGUGGGGAAUCCAUAUACGGAGGUUUCUUUGAAGAUGAAAGCUUCUCCGUCAAACCCAACAAGGAGUUCCUCCUGUGUAUGGCCAACAGGGGGAAGGACACCAAUGGCUCUCAGUUUUUCAUAACAACAAAGCCCACGCCUCACCUUGAUGGCAUCCAUGUGGCGUUUGGUCAGGUGAUCUCUGGACAGGACGUCGUCAGGACUAUUGAGAGUCAGAAGACGGACCCUAACAAUCGACCAAUUUGCGAGGUGAAGAUGACGAACUGUGGUGAGCUAGUUCAGAAAGCCAAAGCCAAGAAAGAGAAGAAGCGCCACAAGUCGGCCUCUGGGGAGAGUGAGAGCGACUCUGACUCGUCAUCCGACUCCUCCUCAGACUCUGACGACUCUGAGAAGGAGUCCAAGAAGAAGAAGAAGAAGAAGCACAAGAAAGAGGCCAAGAAGAAGAAGAAGGAGCAGAAGCGCAAGAAGAAGGACAAGAAGGGGUCUGAGGAGGAGCAGGAGGAGGAGGCCGAGGCUGAGCCUGUGUCCACUAUCCGUCCCGAGGAAGUGCCGCCCGUCCCCGAGAACCGCUUCCUUAUGCGGCGCAGCCCCCAGCCCCGAGAAGAGGCUGUGAAGGACAAGAGCAAAGAGAGUUCCGGGAAAGACAGACAGAAGGAGAGGGACCGUGAUCGGGAGAGGGACAGAGAGCGAGAGAGACAGAGGGACAGGCCCAUGAUGAACUCCAGGCAACUGAACCGCACUAGGCUGGUGAUGACCCGCUCCGGCAGAAAAAUAAAGGGCAGAGGCCCCAGGAGGUACCGCACUCCGUCUCGUUCCCGCUCUCGCUCGUGGGACCGCUUCAGGCGCAGUGAGACUCCUCCCCACUGGCGCCAGGAAAUGCAGCGCACGCAGAGAGUGCAGCGCACGCGCAUCAGUGAGGACCGCUGGAUCAAAGGAGAUAAGGGAGACAUGGAGAAAGAGAAGCCAGCAGCAGCAGCAGCAGCAAGCAGCAGCAGCAGCAGCAGGAGCAGCAGCAGCGACUCUGACAGCGACAGGGCCAAGAACAAGAACAAACAGAAGAGGAGCGCCAGCCCCAAAGGAAAACGACCAAACAGCCGAGAGAAGAGGAGAGACAAGUCGGAAAGCCCCAGGAGGAGCCGGGACCAUCGUAAAGAUGACAAAAACAGAUCCGGCUCUAGCGAUAGCGACUAGACUCGCUGUUGUAGGAGCGGUGACUCCAGUUUCUACCAAGGCCUGUGUGAUAGCACCUGUCUACAGGGUACAGAUGAUAGAGGUUUUAAUGGGUGUAGGAGGGAGUGAAAUCCUAGUUGUAGGUGCCCUCCCACUUGUAGGUGCCCUCCCACUUGUGUGUUUUAAGAACUGUAAAUAAACACAGAAUCCACAACAUGUUUUACAGUCAGAAAUGGUUCAUUUAAAUUGACUCCACCGGACUUUGAAUGCCCCUAGUGAAGUCAUUUUUUUCUUUCUGGAAAUGUGCUGGUCCCUCAUCCUCCUGUUAUUGCUGUAACCGGCCACAGCCUGUCUGGCAAAUAGAGACAAUAGACAACAUUACAUAGUAAUUGUUGAUAAUUAUUAACACUUUUACUGGAGGGGCAUACAUGUGGGUAGUUGAGCUGGUGAUAUGGUGGGUUGCAGAAAAGUCAUAUUAAUUUCCACAACAUUUUUUUUGGGACAAAAUGAUCCAGAAUGGGAUUGGUCAUUUUAAUUGAUUUAUAUUUUUAAAAGAUUUUCAGUUUUCUACCUACUCUGGGUAUGUCCAUUAAAAAAAAUAUCAUUAUUAUUUUUUUUUUUUUUAAACCAGCAAGUAACAUUUGUAAUGAUAAAUGUGGUGCAGAUGUCAGAUCUUGUUUAUUCCAUUAAAGACUUUUGGGAUUGUCCCACCCUUUA